CCGAAAUGCAAUGCAAACAAAUUCCAAAAUGCACGCUUACCAAUAACAUAUCGCCAGCUGUCAGCGACCUUCCUCUCCCGUGAAUCUAGCGUUAGGGUUUCAAACUUUCCAUCCUCAAUACUCUGCCAUUAUCAAUCUCAGAUCUCAAAAUUUCCCUCGAUACUCUCAAUUCAUCCAUACAAAUACAAAUGGGUCUCUGUAAUUUUGUUCAAUAAGUAGCUGAAAGUUUUACUUCACCAUAAACCUCAAAAGGUUUUUGGGUUUUUUUCUAUCUGAAAUCAAUAUUUGUGAAUGGGCUCAUCUGGGUUCUUCAUAAUCUGUCUUCUCCAUUCACUAAUAACGACUACUAGUGGUGUAUUGAUAAUGUUCUAUCUCAAUGAAAUAUCUGUUCUCGGACAUGGAAUUGAAACAUCAAGAAAGCUUUUGGGAUCAAACCCACAUGAUCAAUUGUUAAUAAAAACGUCUGAUUCAUUUGUUGGAUUGCUGUUAUGUGUAAUUGGGUUGUUGUUAUUCAUGGUGUCUUUUGUUAAGGAGUGGGAAUUUCAGAGUUUUUUUGCUAAAGGUUGUAUCUUUCUUCAUGUAUCAAUGGCGUUAUGGAGAGUGUAUUUUGAAAGGAAGGUUGAGGAUUUGGCUUAUGAUUGGCCAAGACAAUUUGUUGGUGAUUUUGUUCUAGCACUUUCUUGGGUCUUUUUUCUUGUUAGUUCAUGGAGGGACAAGUAUGAUUAGUUGAAUUAUCUUCCUACCAAGCAUCAGAAGAAUCAGACCACAAGAGUUCAGGAAAGGACAGGACGACAAGGAUCCUGCAUUCGGCAUUUAGGACUCAAACCUAUGAUUUUCUAUUACGUGAUAAUAACUAUAUCAGUCCUGUGAACACUUCUUUCUAAAAAAAUAAUAAUUACCAGUUUGAUGCUUUCAAGUCACUUUUUUCGUAUAUCUCAAUGGAGUAGUAGAUUUGCAGCUUUUGUUCAUUUUUGCUUUUUCUCAACUUUUGUUAGUUUAAGAUAUUUUCAAAGUCCCAAUUAAUGUAUGUUUUGAUGGAAAAAACAAAUUAAAACUUCCACAUAAUAAAACACUCUAGAUGUAAAUUAUGGGAUGAUUAUCACAUUAAUCUAAUAGCUAUAGCUUAUGCUUAUUUUUCUCCCUUUUAAUGUUACAUAAAAUGCCGUGUUGAAAGAUGGCUUGUGAAAUGCAGCAGCAAAGAAUCUUGGACCACACACAGAGACUUGAAUUCCAAAAGAGUGAUAAAUGCCACCCAUU